CGGGGCUGCCUCUCCCCUCGGCGCUGCCGGCGCUUCCCCCCGCGGCGCYGCUGCCGAGCGUUGGGCCGGGGAAGGCGGCGGCGGCGGCGGCAGCGGCAGAGAGCGAGGGAAGCAGCCACAUGAAUCAGUUUCUCUCUGUAUCCGGCUCCGGGCAGAGGCGGCGACCAUAGCGGGGAGGAGGGGAGACGGGGAAAAGCGGCUACUGCAGCACGGCAGCCGGGGUUCCGCUCGCCGCCGAGGUGCUGCGGGACUGGUGCUCGCCGAGCCGCCACCGACACGUUUCGUCCGUCCCCCCUCCCCUCUUGGAGCUACGCGGCCUCGGCUGCCAAAUGCGCGGGGAGGAGAGACUUUGGCUCAAAAUCCCCCGAUCGUAAAUAGAGAGAAAGCGGAAGGAGAGCCACCGCCGAGCGGCCGCGGGAGGAGGGGAGGGGGGCAGCGGUGGUGCUUCUGCCGUAGCCAGGGAGGCUGAUGGCGGAGUUUGGCAGCGGUGGCGGCACCGGCGGCGGGGGGCUGCCCUCCUCCCCGGGGCCGGUCCAAGGGAAGGUGGCCUUCAAGGCAGGAGAUGGGGAAGGAGGAGGAGGMGGMGGMGGCGGCGGCGGGAGAUCCCGCUUUGACAGCGCGGGCAGCCGGGUCUCCAACGGGGACUGUGCCCAGCCGGGAGCCGGUCAGGAGCUGGGAUCAGCUCCUCCUGCAAGCCCGGAGAGCAGCAGCAAAGAAAAAGGAUUUUCCACCAGUCAACAACGAGAAGGCAAACCCGGUAUCCCCCGGAGGAGCAGCAUAAUUAAGGAUGGUACGAAACAGAAGCGAGAAAGGAAGAAGACCGUGUCGUUCAGCAGCAUGCCGACGGAGAAGAAGAUCAGCAGUGCAAGCGACUGCAUCAAYGCCAUGGUGGAAGGCUCUGAGCUCAAGAAGAUCCGCUCCAACUCCAGGGUGUACCACCGGUACUUCCUUCUGGAUGCCGAUAUGCAGUCCCUGCGCUGGGAACCUUCCAAAAAGGAUUCUGAAAAAGCGAAGAUUGAUAUUAAAUCGAUCAAAGAAGUAAGAACGGGAAAAAAUACAGAUAUUUUUCGCAGCAAUGGAAUAUAUGACCAGAUCUCAGAAGACUGUGCUUUUUCCAUUAUAUAUGGAGAAAAUUAUGAGUCGCUGGAUCUGGUUGCUAAYUCAGCAGACGUUGCAAAUAUUUGGGUUACUGGCUUAAGAUACCUGAUUUCUUACGGGAAACAUACUCUAGAUAUGCUAGGAAGUACUCAAGAUAAUAUGCGGACUUCGUGGCUUUCACAAAUGUUCAGUGAAUCUGAUGUAGAUAAUUUGGGACAUAUACCCCUGUGUAGUGCUGUACAAUUUAUAAAAGACUUAAGCCCUGGUUUAAAAACGAAUAAAAUUGAAUUAAAAUUCAAGGAGUUACAUAGAUCCAGGGAAAAAGCUGGUACUGAAGUAACGAAAGAAGAAUUUAUUGAAGUUUUUCAUGAGCUUUGUACCAGACCUGAAAUCUAUUUCCUGUUAGUUCAGUUUUCAAGCAAUAAAGAAUUUCUAGAUACCAAGGACCUCAUGAUGUUUUUGGAAGCAGAGCAGGGUAUGGCACAGGUCACGGAAGAAAUAAGCCUUGAAAUUAUUCAGAAAUAUGAGCCAGCCAAAGAGGGCCAGGAAAAGGGUUGUCUUUCUAUAGACGGGUUUACRAAUUACCUUACUUCACCAGACUGCCACAUAUUUGAUCCAGAACAUAAAAAAGUUUGUCAAGAUAUGAAACAACCUUUAUCUCAUUAUUUUAUAAAUUCAUCUCAUAACACGUACUUGAUAGAGGAUCAGUUUCGMGGGCCUUCUGAYAUCACAGGUUACAUUCGUGCUCUAAAAAUGGGUUGUCGAAGUGUUGAACUCGAUGUGUGGGAUGGCCCGGAUAAUGAACCUGUGAUUUACACAGGACAYACAAUGACAUCUCAGAUUGUCUUCCGUAGUGUGAUUGACAUUAUUAACAAGUAUGCCUUUUUUGCUUCAGAAUACCCUCUCAUUUUGUGUUUAGAAAAUCAUUGUUCUAUUAAGCAGCAGAAAGUGAUGGUACAACACAUGAAGAAAAUUUUGGGGGACAAACUACACACACAGUCUCCAAACAUUGAAGAGUCUUAUCUUCCAUCACCGGAAUCACUUAAAGGGAAAAUACURAUUAAAGCAAAGAAGCUUUCUGCUAAUUGUUCUGGACUAGAGGGCGAUGUCACAGAUGAAGAUGAAGGAGCAGAAAUGUCACAGCGAGUGGCAAAAGAGGGGGUAGAACAGCAAAACUCAAUGACAGGGAAACGAUUCCAGCUCUGCAAAGAUCUCUCUGAGCUGGUAAGCAUAUGUAAAUCAGUUCAGUUCAAAGAGUUUCAAGUUUCCUUUCAGCUCCAGAAGUACUGGGAAGUGUGCUCUUUUAACGAAGUGCUUGCUAGCAAAUAUGCCAACGAAAACCCAGGAGACUUUGUAAAUUAUAACAAACGCUUUCUCGCGAGGGUUUUCCCCAGUCCUAUGAGGAUUGACUCUAGUAAUAUGAAUCCCCAGGACUUUUGGAAAUGUGGUUGUCAGAUAGUGGCAAUGAACUUUCAAACGCCYGGCUUAAUGAUGGACCUUAACAUYGGUUGGUUUCGACAAAAUGGAAACUGUGGCUACGUCCUUCGUCCUGCCAUCAUGAGAGAAGAAGUUUCCUUCUUUAGUGCUAAUACGAAAGACACCGUGCCUGGAGUUUCGCCUCAGCUGCUUCACAUUAAAAUCAUUAGUGGGCAAAACUUCCCCAAACCCAAAGGAUCAGGUGCCAAAGGUGAUGUUGUGGAUCCUUAUGUCUAUGUUGAAAUACAUGGAAUCCCUGCUGACUGUGCUGAGCAAAGGACGAAAACUAUGCAUCAGAACGGGGAUAAUCCCAUUUUCGAUGAAAGCUUUGAAUUUCAAAUAAAUUUACCAGAGCUAGCUAUGGUGCGUUUUGUAGUGCUGGAUGACGAUUACAUUGGGGACGAGUUUAUCGGGCAGUACACUAUUCCCUUUGAGUGUCUCCAGACUGGUUAUCGGCACGUUCCUCUGCAGUCCUUGACUGGUGAAAGUUUAACUCAUGCUUCCUUGUUUGUGCAUGUGGCCAUUACUAAUCGAAGGGGUGGUGGGAAACCUCAUAAGCGGGGCCUCUCUGUGAGGAAGGGCAAGAAAUCAAGGGAAUAUGCUUCUAUGAGAACAUUAUGGAUUAAAACAAUAGAUGAAGUAUUCAAGAAUGCCCUCCAACCUAUUCGGGAUGCUACGGAUUUGAGAGAAAAUAUGCAGAAUGCAGUAGUUUCAUUCAAAGAAUUAUGUGGCCUCUCCCCUGUAGCAAAUCUUAUGCAGUGCAUUUUGGCGGUGUCUAUGCACUUGGUUGGGCCUGAUAAUACACCCUUGGUAGUWGUGAAUCUCAGCGAUCAAUAUCCAACUAUGGAGCUCCAAGGRAUUGUUCCAGAGGUCUUGAAAAAGAUUGUAACAGCAUAUGAAAUGAUGAUUCACACCAUCAGGACUCUAGUUGAAAAUACAGAUAGCUUAUAUGAGAAGAUAGUACAGUGUCAGAAAGCAGCAAUGGAGUUUCAUGAAAACCUGCACAAUAUAGGAGCGAGAGAAGGCCUAAAAGAAAGAAAACUGCAAAAAUCAGUAGAAAGUUUUACAUGGAACAUUACAAUUUUAAAGGGACAAGCUGAUCUUCUCAAAUAUGCUAAAAAUGAAGCACUGGAGAAUCUGAAACAAAUCCAUUAUGCCACUGUCUCAUGUGGACUUAAUAAACCAGGCACUGAAAAUACAGAAAUCUCAAAGCCUCGUCGAAGUCUGGAGGUCAUACCUGAAAAAGCAGGUGAUGAAAACGGAGAAUGAGAGAAGGCUCUUCUCGUGAUUUUGGAGUUUAUAACUCUGUGACCAAUUGUAGCUGCAUAGGACAUUUGCUUUGCACUUACUGUUGGAAAAUAUUCGGAAUUUUUAAAGCACAACUGGAGAAGCUAAUUACAAUCUAUUGAAACUGUGAAUGUAUGUAGCAACUCUGCUUGUGAAGGCAAUGAUAUUGCGUAACAYGGAAAUUACAUUAUUGGCCUAAAUAUAGCAUAUACAUGUAAAAGAUACUGUAAUUCAGUAAUCRCGUGCUGAAAAGUUCAUUGUAGUGCCAUCAGGAGAUGAACAUUUCUUAAAUGAGAAGUAACUAGCAGGAAAUCAGUUGACAGAAUUUAGCAAGAUGCCUUGAUUUUCAAACCAAUUUGAUGCAAAGAUUGUUUCUUUCUUUGCACAAUUUGUUAAUUGUGCUAGUGAGAUACAUUAUUCUUUUGAAGAUGUGGUCUGAAAAAGUGAAAUCCACAUGUUUCACACUAUAUGUAACUCAGCCGCUCGGAUAUUUGGGUUUGAAGUGKUAUUGAUUUUAUUGUUGAGCCAUAAAUUAAAAUGAGAAUGUAAUUAGACAGUGAUCACUGACUUCAGUGCACUAUAGGAGAGCCAUUAUGUAAAAGGAAAAUGUGCAAUCAAUCUGAUAGCCUAUGUCAGAAGAAGAUACAUACCUAUUUUGCCUAAGAUCUUCUGCAAAUGUGUGUAGAUAAUGUGACCAAACUGCAAGCAAAAUGAUGUAAAUAGUUUUUCAUUUUGUGAAGUGAAGUGCUCAUAUUAAAAAAGAGUUUUAUGAGAUUGCUCCCAAACAAGUCAAGCUUUUAACUGAAUUUUAACUUUUUUAUUUUUUGAGUAUUUUCUUCCUUACAGAAUAGGUGAUAUCUCAAUAAGCAGGUUUGUCAAAAAAUAAAUCAAUUGCUGUUCUGAUUCUGUUUUGGUUUUCUGACAACAUUAGGUAAAGGUAUUGUAGCUGAUAUGCUCAUUGUAAAAUGACUAUACCAACCUAGAGUGUUCUCUUACUGUUUCUGAUUUAACAAUAAAAUGGACUAUAUAAUUACAGAAGCUAAUAAAUUUGAAGAAAAAAAAAAGUGAACUCCUACAGAGAUCAACAUGCAGUUUUUGUUCAGUUGCGGGGGAAGAGGGGAAGAUAGUGAUGGUUGUUAAAAAGCAUUGUUUUAAUUAGAGGUCUUCAAGACAUGCAUUCUACAUGGAUUUUUUUUAACCAGUUCAAGAUGAGAGUGUACUGAGUAUCUACGAGUAUCUACAUAUGUAUAACAUCCUGUAAAAGUCAAUAGAGCUGUGAACAAGAACAUUGUUAGGCUUGCACUUCAUUGAAUUAUUAGGGACUUAAUUUACUUUCUGGUCAUUGUAAAAUUAAAGCGGUGAUGGGGCGGGAUGAAAACAGUUUGCAUAGUAAAUGUCACAUCUUGAGCCUGCACUUUUAAAUGUCAAACUCUGUGGGUUAGGAGCAGUUUUAGAAGGUGCUAAUCUCUUUCAGUGUCUGGUUACAGACUGUGUGCCUUAACAUAACGACCUUGCCAGGAGYGAGUUCUAUGCUGUGUUGCACAAAAUGAAGCAUUUAACCUGUGGUGAGCACCUGCAAGUGUUGCUUUUGAGGCAGGCCUUCUCCAUGUUGGCAGCUGGAAAUCUUCUAAUGGAACCUGAAGUUGAUGGGAAGCAACUUGAAAUUCACAUUGCUAUCUGUAUUCUGAGCCACUGUGAAAUUAGUCUUCCAGGGCCAAAUCUAUCACAUCUAAAUCUGCUWUAGAUUUAUCUACAGCAAAAUAACWGCGUUAGCUCAAGAUCCAUCUGCACCAUAAAUAUGCAAGGUCAGUCUCACUUUAUCAGAAAUCCCCAAAUUUGGCUGUUGGAAUUUUAUUUCUGGCUUUUAGUCCUAAUUGAAAAAUGUAGGCUGUGGAAAAAUGUCAUCACAGUUAGCAUCAUGCUUCAGAGAGGCCUAAAACCCAGUAAGGCUCCUUUUGCAGUCCUGCUCCACCACUCUUUGCACAGCAUUUGCAGAAUGACAUAAUUUAUAUCACAAAUGAAGCAUUUCUGUAGAGUCUCUUCCCCCAAACAGGUUAUCAGAACUGGUGUCCUGGGUAUUCUUAGCAUUUAUAUAUUUCUGUUUAGCACAUUACAACCUGAAAAGAGUUGUAAUGUGAAAAGGGUUUUUCCUUUGUUUUAAGGCAAAAAAUAGUAAGUGAAAAAUGAUCAUCACAUAGACAAGGGCUGGUAGAUUUUUGCCUGUUCAGCUCUUACAAUAUAUGUAAUUGCUGAUCCUGUUCUACCUUAUUAAAAAGGAAGAUUUUUUUUUUUGAGUAAUGUAGAUACAUAUCUUUUAAAAAAGUUAAAAUAUGUAUAUUUAGCUAACUGACCCUUUAAAUAUGUUAGGAUCUGAUUAUAGUGCUGAUUCCUUAAAAUGGAGAUCACUAUUGUGCAUUAUUCAUGCUCGGUCCAACUUUGUAUGUACCAUAAAGUCUUAAAAUGAGCUGAGUCAAGUAGAUACUCUGAAAGAUGAUGUGUAGCUAAAAAUUCUUCAGGGAGUUUACAUGUUGCAUGUUAAAAGAGUUCAAGAUAAACACUUGCAAGCAAAGUAUCUGGCUCURUCUAAGUAGCUGGUGAUGAUGAUUUUAAAACCAAAUGUAUAUUUUUCUCAUUGUAUUUUCUUAAAGCAUCUGUGCAUCCAUUUUAUCAGUCCAUUUUUUUACAAUGUUUAUUCYAGAUUAUAUAGAAAGAUGCAACAAAGACCCAGUGAAGUAUUCAAAAUAAAAUYAAUCACAGGUUGACUUUGCACUCUUUUGAGGCCUUUAUUUUCUUAAAUGUGCUGUAAUUCAGUUGAACUGCUUAUGUAGUUUUUAACUGGAAGAUGGAGCCAAAAUAUGAGUGACUGUUUAUCUGACUGCCUUUUUUGCUUUUGUUUGGCUCCAAUAAUCAUUGAGUAUGGGCAUAUGUCAAUAUAUUGCUCAAUUUAAAAUAAAAAGGCUAAUUGGAAAAGUUCAC